AUGAGCGCGACAUACAAUCUCGAGCCGAAUCCGACGGCCAAAGUCCUCCUCCACACCACGCGCGGCGAUCUUGAAAUCGAGCUUUUCGCAAAGCAGACUCCCAAAACCUCGCGCAAUUUCCUGCAGCUGUGUCUUGAUGGCUACUACGACGAUACCGUGUUCCACCGUCUCGUUAAGGGGUUCAUCAUUCAGGGAGGAGACCCAACAGGAACCGGUCAGGGUGGAGAGAGCAGCUAUGACAGCGAGCCUUUUGAAGACGAAUUUCACAGUCGGCUGAAGUACACAAGGCGAGGCCUGCUGGGUAUGGCAAAUACAGGAAGGAAAGAUGACAAUGGUAGCCAGUUUUUUUUUACUUUGGCGGCAACGCCAGAGCUGCAGGACAAGAACACCAUGUUUGGCAGGGUAGUAGGUGACACAGUUUACAACUUGAUGAAGAUGGCCGAGGCAGACAUUGCGGAGGGCAGUGAGGAUCGCCCACUGUACCCAAGCAAGAUUACAGGGACUGAAAUUAUUCUCAAUCCCUUUGAGGACAUGGUCAAGCGGGAGAGGGUAGUACAGCGAACAGAGCCCGAGGCAAAAAAAACGAAGAAGCCCAAGAGGAAGGCCGGAAAGAACGUCCUGAGCUUCGGUGCAGAAGACGGGGAGGAUAUGGCACCUGUACUGAAGAAGGCAAAAUUUAAUACGAAGCUUAUCAGCGCGGGAGAGGAGCUGCCAGCAGCAACAAAGGAGAUGUCUGCACCGAAAGCCGCAGAAUUAAAAGCCAUACCCAUCCGCAAACCAUCCAGGAAGUCGCCAUCAAGAUCGCCGUCUACAAGGCCAACAAAAGCCGCAACACCCGUGUCACCGUGCCGCAAAAAGGCACGAUCACCUCCACCACGAGCGCUCUCCCCGGAGUCAGAAAAGAAGUCCAAAAUUGACCGCGUCAACGCACAAAUUGCCGAACUCAAGGCUUCGAUGAAGCGCAAUGCCGGUCCUCAACACGCAGAACAAACGAAGAAGAAGUCCUUGCUUGAGUCUAUGGUGCCAACAUCGACGACACGAGGGAGGAAGCGCGGCGGCGGCGGCAAUGCCGGGCAGGAACAAGCUACACUUGACAUACUGUCGAAGUUCAAGUCAAAAUUGGAGGCAUCAGAGCCAGCAACGCUACCGAAAAAUAAGGAUAUUGUCGCUUCAGGUGAUGUUGAGAUGAAGGAUGACGAUGCCAACGGCGGCAAAGACGGAGAGGAAGAGGCGGUCUGUGACCUGCAUUUCAUCGCUGGGUGCCAGUCAUGUAAGGCAUGGGACAAGGAUGAAGACGAAGAGUCAGACGAUGAUGCAGGGUGGAUGUCACAUUCUCUCAGCUUCGCAAAAGAUAGAUUAGGAAAAAAUCUGGAGUGGAAGAGGAAGAACGAGGAGGAUCUGCUGGUCAUUGAUCCGCUGGAAGAAGCCAAGAGGCAUAAGGCUGAUGCCAAGGGGAAACGAGAGUGGGACGGCGGUAAGGACAAGAAGACAAAAGCAUAA